AUGGAUUCCAAUUCAUAUACACCGUUUGAAAACUUUGUUGAUCUUCUGAAUAGCCAGCAAGACACUGUCUUUGGUUAUGUCCAAGACAAUGUCGAAGUCUCUUCCUCCCAAGUCCCUGCAGAGCGUAAAGAAAGGAGGGCGUGGACGCCAGUUGAUGAUGUUACCCUCAUUAGCGCUUGGCUAAACACAAGCAAAGACCCGGUGGUAGCUAACGAGCAAAGACCCGGUGGUUCUGAAACUAGACAGCCACCACAUUGUAAGCAAAGGUGGCAGAAGAUAAAUGACCAAGUAAACAAAUUUUGUGGGGCGUAUGAAGCAGCAACUAGGGAGAAGAGUAGCGGCCAAAAUGAGAACGAUGUUCUCAAACAUGCGCAUGAGAUCUUCUACAAUAACCACAAGAAGAAGUUUACUCUUGAGCACGCAUGGAAGGAGUUGAGGAAUGACCAGAAAUGGUGUGAAUUGUGUAGUUCUAAAACCACAGCAAGCGGCAAAAAGAGGAAGUGUGAUGAGAGUGCACAAUCAGCAAGCUCUUACGCGUUUGAAACCACCACUGGUGAAGCUGAGCAAGCAACUAUGCGUCCCCCUAGUGUUAAGGCUUCAAAGCGCCACAGUAAGAAGACGAUGGGAGAUGGUAAGGCGCUGGAUGAGUUGGAGAGUAUGUGGAGGAUCAGGAAGGAAGAUUUGGCUGUCAAAGAGAGGAUGACAAAGAUGAAACUACUUGACUCAUUAGUCGGCAAAGCAGAUCUACCCGAGUAUGAAGAAGCUUUGAAGAAGAAGCUUAUUGAUGAGCUUAUGUCAAAUUAG